AUUGGAACCGUCAAUAUGGCCGCCAAACGAUGGCCAGAUUUCUCUGGCAUAUUUAGUGUGUUCUUCCUAAGCGAAUUAGGCUGAACUGAGACGAUAUGACAACACAAAAUCAGCCCCAGAAGAAGGUAGGAGAUUUAAAAUUCAUUAUUCUUAAAACAAUGUCCGUGGUGAAAACUUAAUUUGUACGUUUAUUGGUCUACCAUGAAACUAGGUCAAAAUUUUACAACUUCUUCGAACAAUUCAAGCCGAGCAGCUAUCGAAACUGCAGCAAAAGUUCCAGCUUGAACAGGACCUUCUAGAAGAUGUUAGGUACGAGACAUUUUUUCCGUUUUGUUUUGUAAUUUAGGCCAGGAAAUGAUCGAGAACAAUGUGAAAUUGUACCGUUUUAUUUUGUUUAGAACCUACACGAAACAGAGAUCGGCAAUCGAGCGGGAAUAUUCCCAGGUAGGUUUUCUUAUGUGUUACAAAUGGAAUAGCUUCUUGCCCGUCUUUGAGAAUCUUCUAUCAAACUUUUCCUCGAAACUAAACGGUCUGUGGUUUUGUUUGACCAAUUAAAGAUGAUGAUAAAAUUUUUCGCUCAUAAAUUAAUUAAUCAAGCUAAGUUUUCAUAAACUUAAAUUGCUAGCAUGCCUCCACACUUUUUUUUGUACAUUUCAAAACAAUGGAAGCCUCUUUUUUGCUAACAAAACACCUAUCUCCUUUAGGUCGUUGUCUAAUAAGCUAGUCUUCCCAAAAGAAACCAACAUUUAUUUCCUUAGUGUUCACAGAUUUUGUUUGCUAAAAAGUAUAGAAUUUUGCAUAAUAUUACUCGGGGCGACGUAUGGAAUUAUUUCAUAAUAAAAUCUACAUCAAUAUAAUCAUUCUAAUUCGUUCUAGUAAGUGAUCGUUGUUAAAAUUGUCCGAGUUCUUUUAAGUACACGCAAGUCGCUGUGGUAUGUAUGGAUAGUUGUAAUAUUUGAUAUUGUUUAACUUGUAACAAAAGGAAAUAUUUUCAGUUUAUGCUGGUAAUUUUUAAUUUUAAGCUUAACGUGUACCAAGUUGUUUCUUUCUACUGUUAUUUUCAGUUUCACUGCCUUGCAAAGCUGUGCCAAUUUUUAAUAUCAUGAUACGUGACUAAUUUUGUGGUAUUUAUGAUACUGGUUGCUCUGCAAUAAUGUAUAAUUAGGACAAUCUUUUUUUUCUGGAAAUAUGUAUCUAUUGCUUCAUUUGCCACAGACUUGAUAUAUACUUCCUUCAUGAUUAAUUUUAACUCUGGCACAAUGGUUGAAUUGAAGUUGUGCUUCUGUUAAACUCAUAAUAUUAUCAGACCUGGCAGCCCAUGAUAGAGGAAAAUCAGGAUACACAUGAAAAAAUAUCAGGAGAUUCUACAAAAAUGAGUGAGAUUCUAUUUCUCCUGAUCAAGGUUAAACGGACCCUCUUUUCCAUUAGGGGUAUUAACUGUUAAGUUUAAAUAUAACCCGGCUUCAGUGGCAUCCCUCUUGUAACAAAUUAGAUGAGCUGCUGCUUUUUCUUUUAAGAAGCUAGAGAGUAGGUCAUCACUGAGACGAAACUUACGGCAAAGAGUCCUUUCUUCUGGAUAAGCCAGCUUCAUGGCUAAAAUGUCAGUCAAAGUCCCAUCAAGUCUUAAACAGGCCCAAUCAGUUCUAAUUAAAUUUCAGCGUUUUUUUCUUCAACAACAUAACAUUUCAUUGCAGAAUGAUAUUUCCCCAAAAAACUGUGAUGGGAGUCUUGUUGUAAUGCUGUAAGAAAAAUUAAAAAAUCGUUAAACUCACAGCAGAAUCGUGCGAGUUGGCCGGUCUGUAUUAUUAUUGAUUUCGGCAUGUCACAACCUUCCCUCUCCUUCACUUUCUUAAAUAGUAAUGCUAUCACAAGGAGAGCCUUAUUUUCACUUGUUUACACUGAGGCCUUAUGGCAGAGAGCGAAAACAAGUAUCAGAAAAUUAUGUAGUGUUUCCAGUAGGUGGUAUUAAUUUUAUGGCUUAGAAUAAUAAUAGUAUCUUCAGUACACAAAUUAUCGCAUUUCAUUUUGUAGAUUUGGAAUAUAUCAUCAGAAUACCUACUCUCUUAAGAUUUACAAAACUAUGCACUUAUAAAUGCUCUGCAUGCCAUGUUUCUGAAGCAAAAUAGCUGUAAAUUAGGCAAUCCACCUGUGUCUUCAGAUUUCUUCAAGUACCAGUAGAUGUCUACUUCAUAAUUAACCAGCUUUGGUAGAAUUUAAUGUUACAUACAUUGUAAUAUUUCAGGUUGUAAAGCCUGAUUGUUUAUUUUUUUACCUUCUUGACCCCUUCAAGGCAUUGCAAAAACUUAAUUCCCAGUUUCUUCAAAAGAAAGAACUAGAAGAAUCAGCUGGUGGAGAAAGUGGAAGCAGGUAAUAUUGGAUAACCUUGUUUGAUUUUUAAAUGGUAAAUGAUUUUAUUUUCAAGUUGAUUUGCGAGAUUCAAUGAGGAUGUCACUAAAAGCCAGCUGCCAGCUAACUUCACCAGCUAAAAAAAAGCCUACCACCGGCUGAUAUUGCAAAGGAAAAUAAAGACGGGGGGAAAUUCUGAAGAUGUGGAAUUGAUUAAAAAACCUGGUUUGAAUGAUAAAAAGCCUUCUUACCUUUUUCUUAGCAACAUCCCUGGUUCAAGUUGUUUCUCUAAGUUGUUACUAAAAGCUUCAAAAACCUCCUGGGCUUUCAAUGAAAGGGGAAUUUUUUAGAACCAUGUUAUUCACCGGGUAUAGUAAAAUUCAUUAAUUAAAGCUAAUAUGUUUUAGGCGAAAGCCUGAUGUUAAUCAGUAGUCUCAAGGGACCUUAGAUUAAUUGCCACAUUUUCCUUUCAAUUCUCCUUGUCGUGAAUUAGAGAUGAGAAUUUGACGUUAAAUCAGGACUCAUCUUAGACUGCAAAACAGUCAGGUUUUUUUUUCUCAAAAUCGGUUUAGCGUAGUGAGAGAGUCUCAUGUGCGUGAAAUGAGCCUCACAUGCCUGUAGGGCUUGCUCUCCUUUUUCAGCCUCGCUCCAGACCUUUUGCCUGACUGUUUGCGUGCACUUGAAUACACAAAGAUAUGGACUGUUUUGCAGCCUAGACUCACUUAGCCUUGGCCCUCCAUUUUAUCUGCCUCAAAAGCAUUCUUUCAGAGAAACAUAACGCUAAUUUCACUAUGGAAUGAAAUAGUUAUUUGUUGGCUUGAACUGCUGCCUGGUUAGCUGGUUAGCCCAGGCGGAUAAGUGCCAGUCUCCUGAGUGGGAUGUCAUGGGUUCGAACCCCGGCCAGACCAAAACUCAGGGUCUUUAAAAAACUGAGAAGUAAGUGCUGCCUUUGUAAUGACAUCUGCAAACCAUCCAUGACUCCUUCCUUCCUUUUUCUUCCCUUUAUAAUUCAAGUCAAAAUAUAAGAAGGGUUUGUAUCUGAAGUCAUGAGCCUUCAAUGCAGGCUUAUUUUUUUUGCAGACAAAUUUUUUCAGUGGGAGUGAAACUUCUUUGUUUAUGUUUCUAACUCUAUAAGUAUAGUUUCCAUCUUGAUUCUUUAACUGAGGACCCAUGGGGUACUCAAUGAGGCAAAAAGAAGGAGUCAGUGGAGGCCCCUCCCACUUUCCUUAACUUCUCCACUUUUUUGCAAAUCAAUAUAGCCAUGGUUUUAACAUGGUGAUUUAACACAAACAAAAACACUCACACACCCAAUAAAAAUGCCUGCAAUGCAGGCUAUGGAGUCAUCAGAGCAUAAACAUUCUAAUAUCUCACCACCAAUUUUCACUCUGAAAAAGCUGGUUUUUGGCAAGGACGUAGUUUUAGUAUUGCUGUAUUAAAAGAAAAAAAAAUCCCAUAAUGUAUCAAAUUUUAACAUUUUGUGACUUCACACUUUUUUCCCUAUUCCGGAACACAUAAAAUAAUAUUCUCACACCUUCGACUCCAACCUGCUGGUGUGGCAUGGUGUUUGGUUACAAUGGCCCUUUUAUGCGAGAGGCAUUAAAGCGGUCUUAUGUCCAGUGUAAAAAUGAUAACUAAGACCGAUGCAUUUAAUGUCUGAUGAUAGCAUCUGAACAAGGCAUUUAAUUAACAGACACCUUUAACAUUGUAGAUCAUGUUUCCACAUGAUUUCCAAGAAUCUUUGUUCACAUAGGUGAGCAAAUUAGGUGAUAUGUGUUCACAGUUAACAAUGGCCACCUUGGGGACAGAAGUAAGUGUCCAUUAUACUGGUAUAAAAACAGGACGUUGUAAACUGUGAUGUAUAUAUGCAAUGUUGUGUAUUUUUGUUGUGUAUUUUUUUCUGAAACUCUUUUUUUACAACGUUAUCCUCUUCUUUUAUGCAUCUCAUUUUUACACUGGUCCACUUAAACUUCUCAUAUGUUAAACAUCUAGACAACUUUAACAUCUCCACCUUAAAAAACAGCCAUUGUUCUGAAGUGCAGUAAAAGAUGUUAAAUCUGAGUUUCCUUUUUACGCAGAACCCCUCAGGGUGUAUGGAAAUCUCUUCUUGAUGAAGCUGAGAAGAAGGCUAAGCAGCGUCUGGCCAUUUCAGAAGAACUCCAAGGACAAAUGGGAGAGAGUAUGAAAACUUUGAAAUCAAACAGAUCACAAGUUUAUAAAAAGGUAUAUUAAUUAUCAGCAGUUGAACAAAUUAUUAUAUGUUGAAGCUGAAGCUACCUGUUUAAUUGUUAAUGAUUGGCUUGUGAAGCUCAAACAUGUGGUUUCUGUACGACCAAUUAAGUGUGUCUUGUUAGUUCCCUGUAGCGCAAAAAAGCUUUUAGAAAAUCUUGCUUUUUACCAUAAGAUGUCACCAUGAUGUUAAUUUGAAUUUGUAAGAAGAGAUAUUUUAUGUCUUUUUCUUCUAGUGUGAAGAACUUACAAAGAAAAUCCAUGAGGAAGUGUUUGAGACAGUUCGUGAAUUAUCUAAGGUAAUUGUAAGAAAACAUUUAGACCAUUCAGCUUUACCUCAGUUUAAUUAUAGGUUAUUUGCAAUGUAACAUGAGGGCGGUUACCAGAAGCCUUCAUUUGAAUAUUUUUUUGUUUUUCUCAGGCAUACUGUUAGGUUUAUUUGUAGUAAUAACCUGCCAAGAAUACUAGUCUUUAACAAAUUAUGAAAAAAAAUUACUGUCUUUACUCUACUAGUAACUAUGGUUACCAUGAAAGAAGGUACAUUUGUAACCAUAAAUGGCCAAAGUUAGCCUUGAUUUUCUAUGUUUCAAUAAGGUUUCAAGUGAUGUGCACCAGCAGACUGUGUACAGCAUCAUUUUUUUUUUCAAAUUAUACUUAUUUGAUUUAUUUGGCAACUGACUUGAUUUAUGUAGCACCGAACCCCCUUAUCCAGGAUGGUGGCUUCAAAAUUGAACCAUUUAGCAGAACAAUUUUUGACGUAAAAAUAAUUGAUACUGGUUACUGUUUCAGGGGCGGAUCUAGGGGGAGGGUGCAGGGGGUGCGCACCCCCCCCCCCCCAACUGGUAUUCUGAAAAAAAAAAAAAAAAAAAAAAAAAAAAGCUAUGUGGUUUAUUGGUGUUGAAGUAGAGCAAGAGACUAGUGCACCUCCUCCUAAAAAAAAUCCUGGAUCCGCCCUUGUCUUUGUAGUCUGAUCAUUUAGUUGCGUGAUUAAAUUAUGUGAUUUUUCUUUUCAGGCCAAAAAAGGAUACGAGGAAAUGGAAAAGCUAUCCCAGGCAGCACGGGAGCAAGCUGCUGAUGCAGAGGACAAGUAUGUACAUGUUGUUUUGUGCUAAUUUGUGUUGCGUGUGUGAUUUUGUCUGCUGUGGUCUCAGAAGUGAAGUGUGGUUCUGAUUGUUUCACCUAGACCAUUUUUUAUUCCACUGUGUUUGAACUUAAUCAUGGAACAGACAAUCAUAGUAGAUUACAUAUCUAUAGCUAGUGUGUAUUGCAGUUGGUGUAGACAGUGUAAUCAACACUUCAUAUGCCAAACAAAAUUAAACUUGAAUAUUUUAGGCUGAAAAAGAAGAAUGUCAAGUUUUUCCAGUCCAAGACAUCACUAGAAAAGAAUCUAAACAAGGUCAGUACACUGUACUAACUUUAAUGUUGGAGAUGGUAUCUAAUAAUAUUACUUUAAAAAUAGCGUACAGUUUAUACAAGCAAGAAAUAUCAGAUCUCAGCACUUUCUGUCCAUGUGGAAGACUCUAAUAUUACAAAUUAUUAUAAUUACAUAAAUUCUAAUUCUGUUUACAGUACUUAUUCUUGGUUUGCAACCUCGUGAUAAUUUGGCCAUAUUGGUUGAGAAAACAACUUUACAAGCUUAAUUAGUUCCCAUGAGAGGGUAGCCUGUGCCAGGCUCUCGGUCAGUGCAGAUGAGUGAAAAAGGCGGGGGAGCAGUGGAAAAGCAAACGAGCAAAAAACGGCAGCAGAGAGAAGGGAAGAGCCUGUAAGCGUCUUUUCAAAUACCUCAAUUCCCCCACUAUGUACCCCACCCAACUCCAGAAAACCGUUUAUUUUGUCAAAAAGAGAUGUCAAAAUUCCAAAGUGUGCCUUGCAGGAGGGUUUCAUGUGUUCGCUAUGUUUGUUCUUUGUCUCUGCGUAUGUGAAGUCAAGCGAUUGGGGACUUCAAAAUCCAACGAUGCAACAGGAAUAAUAAACAUCCCUAAAACACUGUGUGAUGCAUGUGUGAAGGUGCUGUUUAACUUAUUAAAAAAGUUUUCCUUUUGUGUGUUUUUUUGACUUUCUCGCUGCGGUUGUGUCAUUGGAUCAUAACGUCCCUAUUGACAUGGUUGAUGUAAAAUGUCAAAAUUGACCAAUCACACGGUAUACCAGGAGCUGGUAUACCGGAAUGAUGUAUUGAAAACAAUGCUUACAGGUUCCACUUACCCGUCUCCACAGCUCCACCAAGGUUUUUGCGCAAAUUUUCUCGAUGUGCUUUCCCCACUAUCUUGGAGCCUAGAACAGGUUAAGGAGAGGGGGACACUUUUAAUUUAUUCUUCACUGUUUUGUAAGCUGUAACCCCACAUUAUCUUAUCCUUUGUUAAAAAAGGUGCAUACCGUACCAGUAUUUUGGAAUAACAGUAAGCUGACUGGUCAUCGUCUCCUCUUUGACUCUUACAGGUUGAAAAUGAAAUCCCUGCAUGCUCCAUUAUGAUCCCAUUAAGGUGGCCUCAAAUUAAACAAGUGCCCUAUUUUAGGGUAUUUUUUGGAUUUGCAUUUACAUUAAACAUACAUGCAUAUAUAAUGUAUUUGUUGAAUUUAUAGCAAUGUAUGUGUUAACCUUUCACAGAGCUCUAGUAGGCGUGAUGUUUGUGAAAGAAGGUCAGCAAUGGCAAGAAAUGAUUACAUAAUGUCACUUGCUGCCGCUAAUGCACAUAUGACGAGAUAUUACUGCAAGGAGAUGCAAGACAUCAUGUCUGUAAGUUACUUACCACUCUUUAAAAUUGCAUACUCUUUUUGGUCAAUAGAUUUCCACUAAAGUAGUCUACAGUUCACAGCCUGUAAAUCUCUUUUCUUUCUCUGUCUUUCUAUCUUUAUUUAUUAAAGUCAUUUAUUAAUUGUUAUUUUAUUUUAUUACAAUUAUUAUUAUUAUUAUUAUCAUCAUCAUUAUUAUAAUAUGGUUUCUUUUCGAAAAUUAACAUUUGCUUGCUCUGCAUGUAUUUUUAUAUUAAAUUCAAUAUAUGUUUAAAUAAUUUACAUAUAAAAUUCUACGUGUUGUGUAGCUUCAAAUUAAAGCAUGCUUUUGUACAUGUAUUUCUAUUUAGACUCUAGAUGGGGACUUUUUUGAUCAGAUGAGAGGCUACUUUGCCACCUUGGGUGAAUUGGAAGUGGAUGCCUGCAAAAAUGCCAGAGCAGGAUUUGAGAGUGUUGUUUCUCAAGCAAAUACAGUAAGGAUUAUACCUUUAAACUCUAAAAGAGACCUUUAGAUUCAAGGACAAGGGUGAUCUAUGGGAUAAGAUUUGACUUAAAUAAUUUUAUCAUGUAUUCUUUAAAUGUAUGCACCCACAACCAAUUUUCCUUUUUCUACCAGAAAAGUUAGCACUGUUAUACUUGUUGAAGGAGGUAAAGACCUCUCCUGAGCUCGCAAAAUGAUAAUAAAAACUUCUAAAAUUUGAUAACUUGUUUCAGUAUCUAUAGAAUUUUUGCUAAAACCUGUACUAGAAUGAUGAUGGAUAUCCCAUUUUCCCGCCAAAAUGUUGCUGAUUCAUGUGUGUGCACUACAUAAUAUUGGGGCAAUCUUGUCCUCAUAGUGUUCCUCAGCUUAGAAUCAAAAGGUCACUAAUGUCAAACUAAGAAAACCGUAAAUGCCUAGAAAAAUUUUCCUUUUUGGGACUGAUGAUUAUUUUUACAAUUCCCAAUAGAAAUCAGAAUACAUUGGCAAACCAUAAAACACCAAAUUAAUUACAAUAAUAUUGCCACUGAUGGUGGUUUAAUUAUGGCCUGGUAAUUGUGAAGAAGAGCUUUGCCUGCCUGAUGGACCCAACCCUCCAAGUUGAGAAAACACGCAUGACCAUUUUUUCUUCCGACGUGUUUAAUUUUGAAAUGCCAUAUAUUAUUCGGGCAAUCAAUGAAAUCAGAUUUAGAAAAAUUUUCCUACAAGAAGCUGGCAACUUUAUUUGUAAAAAAGUUCUCUAUUUUUGCAGAUUCAGACCUAUUGGUCUUUCGAUGACUUAAUGUUAAUCUUCUAAGUUGAAUUAUGUACCAAAAGAAUUGGUCGCCAAAUUGAUGGUAACCACAGUGUUGGUUUAAAAAGUUUCUUUAACUUUUCUUGUCAAUGUAGGGUUGGGACCAUUGACAUUCUGGAAUAAUCUCUAGCCUUGUGCUUUAUUUGUAAAAAGUCUCCUAAACCAAAAGAAUUGGUCGCCAUCAUUUAACUUUAAGGGUUGGGACCAUUGACAUUCUGGAAUAAUCUCUAGCCUUGUGCUCACGUGGCCAUCAUAGCUCAACAGCUCCAGCUGAACACAAUCACUAUGACACAAUGCAGCGAUGUUUAGUUCAAAUAAAAUUAUUUAAUGAAGGAUAAAAUACAGUACACAAAAGUAUUAUUAAUGCACUGGUUGUUAAUUUCUUUCAAGAUUAACAGAGAUGUGUCCCUUCAAGCUUUCCUGUUUAGAAACAAAGUCUUUUCAGAAGUUGUUCAAUAUGACUUUGAACCUUACAGACAUGAUACUGUAAGUACUAUUUUUAGAUGUAAAUCGAAUAAUACAUAUUUUGGUUGCCAACAUUCACGUACAUGUAGGUAGGCUAUAAUUCACAGGCAGUUUCUGAUAACUAGAGCCUUUCUUUUUAAUUUUUUUUUGCAUCAAUUUUUAACUAUCAGCAGGUGUAUUUUGUUUUGGUAUUCUUUUUGACUUGAAUUGAUGGAGAAGACAAAUUUAUUAAAAAAAAAAAAUAGCAGCUGGACACAAAUCAGGCUGUGCCUUAGGCAUCCCGGUUGAAAAGUUGCUCGUCUCUUCUCUUGUUCACUUGCUGUCUUUCUUAUAAAUUUAUUCAUUUUCUGGUUAGGUAAGAAAAGUUACAACAGAACACAAUGCUGGCCUGGCCUUGAAUAAAGAAGCAAGAAAAUUAGCAAUGAAGCUUGCCAAGGAUCAGAUGAAUAUAAAGGCAAAAAUGAAACUACUUCAAGGGGUAUGUGUGUGCAUAUGCAUGUUGUACUGUAGGUAACAUCCUCUCGCAGGCUAAAUCAGUGUUCAACCUUAUUUGAUUCAGAAUUUUCGUUCGUUUCCUAUCCCUACUUGUGUAAUUUUGUGAUGUGGAAAUUUCAUUAAAAUGUUCAAAGAUGCAUGAUGAUUAUUGUAUGGCUGAGUGUGCAAGUAGGCAAGAUGAAGUAAAUCCGGUGCUCAGAACAUUGGCCACCUGAGUGGGCAAGAUGGGUGUGUCUUGCCCUCUCUGGGUUUCCCAUGUUUGUCCAGCAAGAAAAAGUUAUCUUUCUGGCUAAUAAUAAAUCCUCAUUUUGCCAAGCUUGUUCGGUCAAGAUGGUUGGAUAUCGGCAUUGCUCUGUUUUGCCUUUAUUAUUGAAAUUACUUCUUCACUUUCAUAAAAAAGCAAAAAAGAACAUGCAAAAAUAAUUGCAUCCAAUACAUGUAUCCAACCACUUCGACCUCAUGUUUGGUCGAUAACACAUACUUAUAGGAUUGAUUGGGCCUCUACAUUGGCUUGUCUUCAGUCCUUUAGCUUCGUUCCAGGCUACUUAAUGAGCAACUCAAGACCUAUACAGUAAUAUAUUUAUAACAAACUCUACCUUUAAACUUGGUCUUUUGACUUCCUUAACCAGACUGAAGAUUCACCAACAGCAUCAGGAGAUGCCACUCAGGAUUCUGAGCAAAGUGCUGAGGCAUUGAAAGAAAGCAUAAGGCUGACUGAGGUUUGUUUGGUCGAUAUUGGAGUAACUUUAUGUUGUGACUGUGACAAGUGUUCUAACUUCAACGAGUGUUGACGAGUGUUUCACAAGAGUGACUGUGACUAUUCUAAUUAAUUCAUUGCUUAAAGGAUACUACUUAAAAUAGAUGGAGUUUUUUGGUUGUAUUAUCAUUUUGUUCACUUUCUGUUGUAUCCUUGUUUUAAUAGAAAAAUGUAGCUAUUGUUGAUUUUAAAGUUUUGUUGACUUUUACAUAUAUUUCAUUUUACCGUGCAGUUUUUAAAAUUUUUAAGUUCUAAUUUGUAUAAUUUUUCAGUCUUAGUAAGGACCUUUCUGAAAACUAUGUGCUUGAAAAUUUCUUAAUAAAAAAUGAUUUUGGUCAUAACUAAAGGAUGGUAGACUAUGUGUGAUUUUAUUUCAAUUUACUGUUUUCAUUGAGUUCAAAUAUUAAUGAGUUUUUAUACUUUCUCAUGCAUCAGACAAACAAGCUGAAGACAGAGGCAUGUUUAGAAGUCUUGCGUGAGGCUGGGGGUGAGUUAAGAAUAUUCAUGUUGGACAUAUUGCAUGUAAAAAGUGGGAAGGUGGUAAGUUAAACGCUGAUAAUUGCAAAUAAAACUCCUGCAGCAUUGCCACCCUUUUGCUGCAGUUUUCUUUGCAAUAUCAGCGUUUAACUUACCACCAUCUCACUUUUAAUACACACAAACGCUAGGCAGGAACCAACCCCUCCCCCCCCACACACCCCCAUGUUGCAUGUAGCCUAUCAGGAAAGUACCUCCCAAGAAAUGUGCAGUCUUUUUGUUAAAAUGAUUCAUACCAACCAUAAAACCAAAGAACUCUUUUUUUAACAGCUGAAAGGACUCAGAUUGGCUUGUUAAAAUAAUUUAUUACUAAGUUGGUAUAGUGUAAUACCUUUUGCCAUGAAUUCAGAUUUUGUGUGAAGUUCCCUCCUUGCUUUAUGAGCAAAUCCAAGGUAAUUGGGGAGGAGAAUCUGUUAUUUUAUCAGUCAAUUCACUUAGACCUUUUUUCUUCUCUUUCAGUCAAUGUGGACGAAUGGCUAAAGAGUGCUAAUUCCUUGUCUCCUAAUGACAUAGAAGCUGGUAAUAAUUGGUUUCAUUCCUUUUGUAGUAACUAUAUUCAUGAUAUAUAGUAAGGGCGCAUUCGAUUGAUAAUAUUUCAGAAUAAGAACAGGUAAAAAUUUGAGGCAAAUCUCUUCCACCAGAAAUUUUUGAAACAUUGGAAUGCUGCAUACAUCUUGAAUGUGACCAUCAGCCAGUUUUCUGGACUUUACCACGCAGUGAAAGCAAAAGAAGUACGUUUAUUUCAUGCACUCCAUAAUAUGGUCAACUGAACAUUCCUUACGUUUUCUACUGCCAAAUUUAUGUUUAUGUACAGUACUAUAAGCUGCUGGUAGUUACUGAAGUCUGUCUAACAUGCUACAACUCCUUCAUGACAGACUCCAUAAGCCAGAACUCAUUCAAUGAUGACUUCGCUGACGAUGACUGGGAUGACCUGGAUGACACGUUCACAGCAGAUUACUCUUCAGAUGAGGAUUCCAGGAGCGUGUCAUCAAACUGCUCUAUCCCAGUCUCUUGUAUUGCCUUGUACAAUUUUGAGGUAUGCAUCCUUUAGCUGGCCUGUAAGUAACUGGAAAUCACUUUAAUAGCCUUGAUGCAUGAUACCUGCCAUCUUUGCAUGCCCUUUAGGAUUGAUGAUAAAAACCAUGUGGCCUCUCAGGGGGCAAACAGGUGAUAAAAUUUGUUAAUACGAGAAAUCACAGUCGCGUUUGUUUAUUCCCCCGAAAUGAGACAGCAAUUUUAGUCAAGUCAAAUGUACAAACCAAUUUUUGGACAAGUUUUGUGUCAUUAUUCUUUGCUCUGCCUAUAUGUAUGGUUGUUAUUGCAUCCAGAAAAGAAACAAAUAUCACUUCCUCCUAUAACUUGCUGUUAUCAUCGUUAAGAUAAAAAGUUGUUCGAUUUCUGUUGUCUAGAAUAAAGAUGAUGGUUAUCAUGAAUAAUGUCUAUUACGGCUACCUCCAUGGUCUCCCUCAAUUCUAGCUCAGCGGGUAUUAAGGGGACCAUUCCUGAUGAGUAAAGCAAAAAAUAUACACCAGAGGCGCACUUUCCUUGGGGGAGGGAGUGGAGUGAGGAACUGAUGGGCCCACUCUCCUUGGAAAUGUGUUAAGAGCUAAGUUCUCUGAAACUUCAUUCUCUUAUUUGAAGACCUUUUUAGGCUAAUAUGCUGUUGUAAGCUAUCGGCCUUCUGAUUUUAAAAUUUACCUUUUAAAGAGCCACAAUAUAUUAUUCUCAAAGACCCCUUAUAAAAUACAGUUGGAAGUAUACCUUUUCCCUUCAAGUUUAUUGUUUUAAAUGUUUUCUUUCCAUAAUGCGUGGCAAAUACAGGAAAGAAGACCACAACUUUUCAUAUUUUUUAAAACAACUUGUUUAAGUUUAGUAAACCUUGCAGGCAGUAAGAAAUCACGCUUCAAGCAUAAAUUUUACUGGUUACUGCCUCAUAACACGAGGAGCCGCAAGAGGUGAUAUUUUUGUACGGCAUCUGGCGGCACAUCAAAGAAUUUGGAAUUGAAGGGCAAAUUCCUAGAAUAUCUUCGCCAGUUAAGCUAGAGAAAAGGUGUUUAAAAACCUCAGGAUCCAAAACAACACGUCAAUCAAAAUAUCACUUGGACCUUUUCGCUAAUGAAGAGCUAUCACGCGGCUAAGCUUGAAUUAGACAUAUAUUGAAAUAGGAACUCGUGUCAAUAAAGUAUCUUAAGUGAGUGGGAAUCGCUCCUAGUUAAAAAACUGGUUCACAGGGAUAUGCAUCUCUUCUAGUUAAGAGAAGGGAAUCAGAACUGCUUUUCAUGCAGGAACAGGUUUUCUUCGGGCUAACUACAAAACUUCAGCUUAUUUCACUCCUUGACAUUGUCAAAGCGCAUUUCUAAAGAUAACUUUUUCCGCUUUAUCAGCUUUUUUUAUAUUCUAUUCCAUUAAUGUUUAACCUCCCUCAAAAAGCCAAAUAAUAUAAAUGCUGUUGUUAAAUAAAGCGUUUUACCUGUUUUCGUGAAUUCGCUACCCAAAGAUCACUAUGCUCAAAGGACAGGGCAAAAUUUCGAGGAGAGAGGCAUUAAUUUUUUUUCCCACGAGGUUACAAAGAGAAAAUGCAAUGAUUAUUAUUAAUGUAACCAUCAGGUAUACUCUACCCACGAGGUUACGGACAGCAAAUUCAGUGAUUAUUUUUAAUGUAACCAUCAGGUAUGUUCUACCCACGAGGUUACAAACAGAAAAUUCAAUGAUUAUUAUUAACGUAACCUUCAGGUAUGUUCUACCCACGAGGUUACAGAGAGCAAAUGCAGUGAUUAUUAUUAAAUGUAACCUUCAGAUAUAUUCUACCCACGAGGUUACAAAGGGAAAAUGCAAUGAUUAUUAUUAACGUAACCUUCAGGUAUGUUCUACCCACGAGGUUACAGAGAGCAAAAUAAUGCAGUGAUAUUAUUAAUGUAACCAUCAGGUAUGUUCUACCCACGCGGUUACAAAGAGAAAGUGCAAUGAUUAUUAUUAAUGUAACCUUCAGGUAUGUUCUACCCACGAGGUUACAGAGAGCAAAAACAGUGAUUAUAUUAUUUUAAAUGUAACCAUCAGGUAUGUUCUACCCACGAGGUUACAAAGAGAAAAUGCAAUGAUUAUUAUUAACGUAACCUUCAGGUAUGUUCUACCCACGAGGUUACAGAGAGCAAAUGCAGUGAUUAUUAUUAAUGUAACCAUCAGGUAUGUUCUACCCACGAGGUUACAGAGAGCACGCAAAUGCAGUAACAAUUAUUAGGUUUUAGUGCAACUAUCAGGCUGAGUUUCUCCAUUAAAAGAGUUUUUUGCUAGGGUUAAACAAGUUUGGCUUUCAUGAGUUUCAAGGUGCAAGAAAUUAUCAGUAUAAUUAUAGCACACAAACAUUGUCAUCUAAUUCUUCGCACGUAACCGGAAUAAGCCAAGAAAUGAGGCAUAUAAUUAUAACGAAAAAUCGUCCUCAGAUGUUCUCCAUAUUAAGUAAAUGAUACUAAACGUUGCGAAAGAAAUUAUUGUUUGUAUCCGUCCUAUCCAUCGUAAAAGCGAGGGGUCAUCGCAUGACAUCCGGUAUAUUAAACAGAGGUAAUACUCACGGGUUUCAUGAGUUGUAUGCACUAUUUUUCGCUGAGAAACAAAUUUAAACAUCAAUUCUUACCUUACAGUAGUCCGUUCUUUUACCUUGCAUUUGACAACAAAUCCGUUAAAGGCGAACAAAGCGAUUCCGGCACUCUUUUUUAUGAUGAGUAGCAAGCCGCAGGAACUGAAGCCGCUUGACUGAAGUAAAAUGCACCGAUAUGCGCGGCAUUCUCACUACAAAUAUAAACAAACGUCGCGGAGAAAAAAAGACGAGGAGGAAAAAAUGCCAGAUCUUCGCCUCGGCAAUGUAUUCCAGCUACCACACCGGCGUAUCUCCAGAUGGAGGACUCGACGAGGGACAAACCUUGUGAUCUUUUUUUAGAAGCCCUUUGCGCGCAAACUAAUUUAUUCUGGCGCGAAAUGAAGAAUAUGUAUACUGAAAUCUAAUCCACGACAAGAAGAUUUUCGCACUGUAGCGCGACAUAUUAAAUGCCUAUUUUUACAAGUACGCGGAGAAAGUGGUCCACUAGUUUAACGUUUUUAAGAUGAAUUUAUCCACAAAAGCAAAAUGAAAUGUUUUAUCUCUAUGUUGUUUACGUGCCUGAUUAGAAGGCAGAAGUAAAUUCAUCAUACAGACCCCAUCAAAAUGAAAGUACACGAAUGAAACGGAAUAAGUCUGGGACGGUUUAGUUUCUACUCGGCAGCUUCUUUGCUUUUAUAACAAAAAUUUAAUGUUGCAGUCUGUUUUAAACGUUGGCAUAUCAAUGCGCACAGUCACUGAAUGAAAACAACAGUCACGAUCACGUUCUUCGAAACCGACCAGACGCGUGUGACCUACCACUGUUAUGUUAAGCAAUUAUCCUGAAGGUGUUAAUGUUCCCGUGACAGUCUUCGCACUGAAGGCGUAAAUGGUAAACCGAACGGUCGCUUUGAUCAUCAGAAAGACCUGUCAACUUUGAUGAUUUAACUGAUUAAAUUACGGGACAGAAAUUUUACUGCUUGCGGCUCCUCGUGGAGAACACUGUUACCUGAGGGUGUCUUCCAUGCUUUGUGCAGCCACGGUUUAUUUAACUAGUGACUAUUCUUAACAGGCAACAGACUCAGAUGAGCUAACCAUAACAGAGGGUGAAGAACUAGAAAUCUUAGAAAGAGAUGCUGAAGGAUGGUGUAAGGUGAGUUGAACAAUAUUUACAGUUUUUCUAGUAAGGUCUUGUGGGAAAUUCAUAUGAGAAGCAAGGAUAUUUGGCUAUAACUGGCACACUUGUUUUUUCUUUCUCAUUAAUCUCUAGUAAUCUCAGUAAGGUUUAAGAAACAACAGUCCAAAUUCCCCAAGAAGUCCUAAGUAUGCAUUAAUUACUAAAAACUGAUGUUGUGUAAAUGAAAUUCACCUUUUUCCAAAACUAAAGGAGGCUGAAUGUCAAAAAUGUUCCCCUGGUGCAAGAUAAAGUGCAUCCAACUUAUGAUAACAGCUGUUUUGUCUGUUUUUUUGAGGACAAAUUUGCAGCUGAUGCAUUUGGACUUUCGAUCAUUGUUGCUAGUUAUUACUAGUUUAUUAAUUCUUAAUUUGAGCAAGACCCUAGCCAAUAAAUUGUGGACAUUUUAUUUCAAUAGGGUCGUAACAAAGGUGGCCAAGUGGGUUUUUUUCCAGAGUCUUAUGUUGAAGUGGGAUCAACGUCAUCUGUUAGUACUCCAACAAGUUCCUACACUGAUGGUCCUGCUCUUGGUUCGCCAGUCAGUGUCGCAAGUGUAGGACAAGCAACAUCAGGAUCAACAAAAUACUGUGAGUUUGGCCAGAUUGUCAGGCUUUUCUGGGGGGGUGGGGUGGGGGGAACCAGAGUGCAAAUGAAGUCAGUUUUAAAGUUACAGCUUGUCUGUUGGGCUGGCUGUAGCUAGCAAGUACUAGCCCAAGAGUUGUUUUAUUCAGCUCAAGAAAAAGUUUUGAUGUGCGGGAUCAAGCAUGGUUUGUUUGUAGUAUGAACACCCCUAAAAAAUUUCAGUAGCCCUGAGCUACUGGACACAACUUUCUUCGCUUGCUGAGAACAGGGACUGAGAGCAGUGAAGAGGGGUCUCUUGCCCCCAGCCACUUUGUCCUUAACAAUCUCCUUAACCCUAUGGAAUACCUGAUAUUAACUCUAAGCACAGCAUAGUUAAUGCAAAUAUGAUUGGGGUGGAGGGGUCACCUCAGGUACAAAAUCAUUGGUCUUUCACUGUAUUUAGGGCAAGAAGACAGGGGAGGGAAGCAUGAACACCUUCAGGACCUCCACCAGAUCUGAUCUUAAAUUCUCAUUAAUAAUUAGUUAUUUCUGCCGGCAGUAAAAAUUAUAAUCUCCAGUAGGGGUGUGAGGGUGUGGUUUAUGGUGAGGACAUUCCAGUGGCUAUUGGAAGAUACACAGGUCUGUAGACCUUGGGAAAAUUGAUUUGGGCACCCAUACUCAACAAAGUUAUGUGUGGGGAGACUCCACCCUAAUUUCCAAUCCUUUACCCUUUUUAUAUACCAUUUAUCACAGAAGAGGUACCCCUUUUCUAUAUCUUCCAUUAAAAAUGUUACCUUUUCAAAUACCAAGUUAAGAACACUGCAUCUCUUUCUCAUCUCUUUAAUGAAGUGAACAGUUUUUUAUGGUAAUGUGGGAGAACAUAAACAAUUGAAAGGAUAUAACCAUACACUGAAAGUGCAUCUGAGCAAAAAUAUGUUUUAAUAAAAGUCCCUUUAAAAUAUCAAAGUUCAAUUGAAUGACAGAUUUCCCUACCCUUUGUAAACUUCAUGUUGCAAAAUCCCUUCCCUUUUAUACACCUGAAGCCUUAAAAAGGUACCCUUUUCAAGUGGAGUCGUCCUGUAUAGGUCUUAAUUGGGAGUACACACCCACUCCCCUCCCCUCCCCACUAAGGCUAAUGCAGCACAGCCCUGCUCAGGCCUGAGCCCUGCUAUUACAUGUAUGUCAGACAUGGAGGCCUAUGGGAGAUUUUUUUUUGCUGGCCUUAAACCACAGACUAUUACCAGUAAAUAAUGAUUGUCCAACUGAAGAUGUACUGUUUUGCUUUUCAGUGUGUUAUGUGAAGGCCCUUUAUGACUAUGAAGCUAUGGGUGAUGAUGAAAUAUCUUUCAAAGAAGGAGACAUUGUAGGGGUGAUUUCAAAAGAUGACAAUGACAUUGAUGAUGGCUUUUGGUAUGGGGAAUUCCAAGGCCAAAGAGGAGUUUUUUCAUCAUUGGUGGUAGAGGACAUGCCAGGAGAAUUUCCAUCUACAGAUACUAAUAUGAACAUAACAGAGCCUUUACCAAGUUCCUCAAGAACCUCAUCUUCCAAUACUAGGGCCGGAGAUUAUAUAACCAUUCCAAUAGACUACAGAGCGAAUGGAUCAGCAUCAUCAUCAUCAAACGCAAUACAACCGGUUAGAAAAGCACCACCACCCCCUGCGGGUUCAUCUCCGCAGAUUCCACGGAGUACAACAAUGGCAUCAGGGGGAGCUGGCAGGGCAUUGCUGCCUCCAGUUGAACGUCAAAGAGCAAGAACUGAGAAUACAACGACCAUGAGGAGACCAGACAGUGCAUCUUUUGCAAGAAGUCUUUCUCAAAACACAUCUCUUCAAGCAAAAAUGUAUGAGAAUAUAAACCAGUUGGCACCUACAGCAUCAAAGCCUCCUGAUUAUGUUAAUUUCACUGACCUAUCGUCAAGGGUAAACGGUGCAUCAUCCCACUCAGCAACUGCUUCCUCUAGUGCGCCUCGACCUGCAGCAAGGUCACGUCGCCCAGCUCCACCACCUAAACCUCCCCCACCAACUGCUUCCAGCAGAACUACAUUUAGGUCUUUAUCUUAUGUUUAAAACCUGUGCCUAAAACGGAGGUUAUAUAGUGCAUCCCAGAUUAUAGGCAGGGUUGAGGGUAAAAAUAAGCUCCUUUGUAGUUAAAUCCAAAUUUUUAGCUUGUUUUGUAAUAAUUACAUGGCUGUACACAGGCUGCUCGAAUGCUUAAAGAUAAUAACAAGAAUCUUAUGAUGUCUUGUCUAUCUCACCUUUAAGUCGAUUUACCUUGAAGAGUUACAAGUAUUCAAUUACCUUGUAUAGCUAAGUUAGGUUAACUCAAAUUUUUAUAUUAAGUAAGUAUUCUUUCUAGAGUAAUGGCUACCUCUUAUCACUGUUAUGGUAGAAGCUGAUACGAUUGUUCGGCUAAAGAAGAAUAUUUUUUGCCCGUGGUAAGCUCUAUUAAUAUUGUUCAAAAAUAUUGUAAAUAUAAAGUUUAAUUGGCAUCAUGGCCUUCAUUGUUGUUUUGGGACAUCCAUUUUAAUAAUUAUUAUUAUUACUGUCAAUAAUAUGGCCAACAAAGUUUUUCUUGUACAUGUACAUUAAUUUGUUGAUUAUAUCAGCAAUGAUCUGUAUAUCUUGCCAUAGUAAUAUUACUCUCUUCUUGACUAGUCAUCAGCUAAAGGAUGUUGGCUUUGUUUGGAAAAAUACCGACAGAUCUAAAAACAGUGGUAAUUGAAAGAAACUAGUUACAAGCACAGGGAUAAAAUCUUAUUAUGUAUUUGAUUAUUAUACAAGUGUUAGUGAUAAACAUGUUUCAAUGUUAUCUGUUCAGUUGUGUUAUUCAGUUUCCUGUCACCUUAGGUUUCAAUGCAAACAGCUUGCCAAAAAUUUAUUGUAUAGAUUCUAUUGCUUUGCUCAUUAUUGUUGACUUAAUUUUGUCAUAUUGUAUGUUAAAUUUAGACUUUUCUUAGUUAAUGGUUUUCCAAAAUCCUUUUCCAUUUUUAGGUUAUAAUUGGACUAAGAUUAGCUUGAAUUUCAUCUGAUUACUUCGAGUCGUUAUUACUCCCUCAGUAACGACAUUGCUGAGAGGAGAAAACGACUUGAAGCAAUCAAAUGAAAUUCAGGCUAGACUAAGAUUUUUUUGAUGUAAAAUGAGGAUUUAGCAGUGAGGUUUUGACAGAGUUUUAUGGAGAUAACGAUAGGCCUGUUGACUUUUGAUUGUGAUACUCUGCAUGAUGUUUACAAAAAAAGUAAUGUACUAGUUGUAAUGGUAACCCUUGCAUUCUAAAGAGAUCUAAUGAGAAGAGACUAAUAAUAUAUUGAUGGGUUACCAAAAAAGAAUGUUUUAGGUGAGUGGAAUUUGUUUAAGGCCUAGAAAAAAGUCUCGAAAUGUUUCUGCUCUAAUACAAGUAUGUGACAAAAAAAAAUAUUACAAUGUUUCCUUAGAAUUAAACAAUGAUACAUAAUUUAUUUCAUA